CAUCUUGUCUGAGGCUGGAUAGAAUUGAAAGUGAACCGAACGCCAAGGCCACGGGCAUGAUGGCUAAGAAGCCCCCAAAACCAGCACCCCGCAGGAUCUUCCAGGAGAGGCUGAAGAUCACUGCUCUACCCCUAUACUUUGAAGGGUUUUUAUUAGUCAAACGGUCUGAUCACCAGGAGUACAAACACUAUUGGACAGAGUUGAGAGGAACCACCCUUUUCUUUUAUACGGACAAAAAAAGCACAAUAUAUGUUGGCAAGUUAGACAUAAUAGACCUCAUACGCCUUACUGACCAAAAUUCAACAGAAAAGAGUGGUGCAAAAUUCACUCUUGUUUUGCCUAAAGAGGAAGUGCAACUGAAGACAGAAAACACAGAAAGUGGGGAAGAAUGGAGGGGCUUCAUUCUUACAGUAACAGAGCUGUCUGUUCCUCAACUGUCACUUCUACCUGGGCAAGUGAUUAGACUACAUGAAGUCCUAGAAAGAGAGAAGAAAAGACGGCUUGAGAAAGAACAACUGCCAAUUAUGCCUGAGGAGAAAGAGAUGCAGCCAGUACAAGAUGAUGUGGAUGUACCAAAUCCUAUGCCAGCGUGUUUUUAUUCAGUUUCCCGGAAAGAAGCAACUGCAAUGCUGGAGAAGAAUCCUUCUUGGGGAAAUAUGAUCCUGAGGCCUGGGAGUGACAGUAAAAACUACUCCAUCACUAUCCGGCAGGAGAUAGAAAUGCCAAGAAUCAAGCACUACAAAGUGAUGAACACUGGAAAGAACUACACCAUCGAACUGGAGAAACCCGUAAUACUCCCAAACCUUUUCAGUGUCAUUGAUUAUUUUGUGAAGGAGACUCGAGGGAAUUUGAGACCAUUUAUACAUUCAACUGAUGACAACAACCUUGGUCAAGAGCUCGACACCGAUGAGAGAAGUGAGAAGCUUAAGAAAAAUCCACACAAGGCAUGAAAUAGCGUGAAAACUGUCUUCAGAUAUCUUGGAAUUUAUUGUUUUAUGAAAGGCUUUCACUUUUAAAAAUAAUUACCUCUAUUUCCCUGACCCUAGUUUCUAAAUCACUUGUUUGGGCACAAGAAUAAAAUGUCACAGCAUAUAAUUUCAUUGUCCUAUGAGUGGAAAACUAAUUUACUGGUUACCACCAGCUGUCUGUUGAGUAAUUUGAUACAGGCAUUUCUCUGUAUUAAGUGGAAAAAUUUACUUGCUAAAUCCAGAUUUUUUUUUUUGUUCCUCUUUGUCUUCAAUCAAAUACAUCUCAGACAUACAAUUUGCACUGCAGAUUAUCUAGGUCCCUAAAUUCUAUUUAUCUUCUAAACCCUAACUAGGUUUUUGGUAAUAUCUGAUUGGACCAAUUUAAUCAAAUGUAAGUUUUUUUUUUCAAUUAUCUAGUUGUUGGCCAUGACAUGAAUUUAAUCAGGAAAUGUACAUCUGGUAGAAAUGCUAUGGAACUAAAUGCAAUUCAUUUUUAUGUUCUUCCUUGACACUAUCUUUCUACCAGUUCAAAACUAACUCAUGUAUCAUUAAAGAAUGACAAAAUAAAUGCCUUAUUUCAAAUUUAAUGCUA